GAAUAUUACAUGUAAAUGAAUCAAAAACAUCAACGAUCUCAAAGGUUGAGGCAAAACUUGGAAGUAUUAUUUCACAUUUAAAAAAAGUUUAUUGCGGGAAAGUUGCUUAUGAAUUUAUGCAUAUCCCAAAUGCAAGUGAAAGGCGAUGGUUUUAUCACAUGAUAGAAUCAUUUAAUGCUGUAUUGCUGACCUCUGAACAAAAGAAAAGAAUUUUCGAAAUAUUGACUAGAUCAGAGGUAUUCGAUCAUUUUAUGGCAAAGAAAUUUCCUCAAGUUAAACGAUAUGGUUUAGAGGGUGCUGAAUCAAUGAUUGUGGCUUUAGACAAAUUAUUCGAGGUGUCCAAUAAAUCUGGAAUUGUUGAAGCAGUUUUAUGUAUGCCACAUAGAGGCCGUUUAAAUCUGUUAACAGAUUUGUUACACUUUUCACCAUCGAGAUUAUUUCAUAAAAUUAAAGGAAAUGCCGAGUUUCCUGAAGAGUUACCUGCUACUGGCGAUGUUCUGUCACAUCUUGCAAUUUCACCAACAUUGGAAUAUAGUGAUGCAAAGCCUAUUACUAUAUCAUUGCUACACAAUCCUUCUCAUCUUGAGGCAGUAAAUCCAGUAGCAAUGGGAAAGGCACGGGCAAAACAAAUGGACCUUAUAAAAUAUGAAACGGAUUGCGAACUUGGAGAUCGUGUUAUGUGUAUACAAUUACAUGGUGAUGCGGCAUUUACAGGACAAGGUGUUAUAAUGGAAAGUUUUGGAUUAUCAAAUUUGCCACAUUUUUCAUCGGAAGUAGUUGGUAUUGUAGUGACAUUGGAAAAAAUGAUUAAUGCCCCUGUAAUUCAUGUUAAUGGUGAUUUUCCUGAGGAAGUGACCCGAGCUAUUGAAGUGGCAUUUGAGUAUAGAAAUAAGUUUCGAAAAGAUGUUAUAAUGGAUUUGAUAAGUUAUCGCCGAUGGGGUCAUAAUGAACUUGAUGAACCCGCAUUUACUCAACCACUGAUGUAUAAUAUUAUAAGGUCAAGAAAGAGUGUGCCAAAGUUGUAUGAAGAUAAAUUAUUGACAGAAGAGUCAAUUCUCUCAGAGAGUGACAUUUUAGAAUUUAGGAAGAAUUAUUUUAACAUUUUAGAAGAACAUUAUAAAAAGAGUGAUACAAAUAAACCCGAGGCAGAUAUGUUAAAAAGGAAAUGGAAUGGAUUUAUAAUGCCAACUGAAACUGUUACUAAAAUGGACACAGGAGUUUCGAAAGAAAUUAUAGAAAAAGUUGGAAAGACAUCUGUUCAUAUACCGCAUGAGAUUGCAGUUCAUCCAAGAUUAAAAAAAUUUCAUAUACAAGCAAGAUUACAAAAACUUUCCGAAGGAAAAAAUAUUGAUUGGGCUACUGCAGAGGCAUUGGCGCUUGGAUCAUUAAUGAUAGAAGGUCAUAAUGUAAGAUUAUGUGGUCAGGAUGUUGGUCGAGGAACGUUUAGUCAACGUCAUGCAAUGAUUGUAUGUCAAGAUACAGAAAGAGUUGUUGUGCCUUUGAAUAAUUUGUCAUCUGAUCAAGGAAUGCUUGAGAUCGUAAAUAGCCCUCUAAGUGAAUUAGCAGUUGUAGGAUUCGAGUAUGGAAUGUCUUAUGAAUCUCCAAGCAAUCUUACUAUUUGGGAAGCACAAUUUGGAGACUUUUUUAAUGGAGCUCAAGUUGUUAUUGAUACUUAUGUUGCUAGUGGUGAAGUAAAAUGGUUGAGACAAUCCGGACUUGUGAUGCUUUUACCACAUGGAUAUGAUGGUGCAGGACCUGAACAUUCUAGUUGUAGAAUCGAAAGAUUCUUGCAGGCAA